GCACACAACGUGAAGAACAAGAUAAUAGGUAAAGAUGAUGAACAAAUCCUUCCUCUCCGUGCUCCUAUUGGUCCUCCUCAUCUUCUCUUCUUCAGAAGAGAUGAUGGGUCGUGGUGCUGAGGCUCGAAUGUGCAAGUCCAGGAACCACCACUACCAUGGCCUCUGCUUUAGCCACAAGUGCGCUACUCGUUGCCGAAAGGAAGGCUACCCUGGCGGUCAUUGUCACCACUUCCCUCGCCAUUGCUAUUGCACUCACCGUUGUUAAUUGCAAUAUUGUUUUUAA